CAACAGUAGUAGUAGGUACGCUAAGUACGAGUACGGGUGUUGACGAGACUUUUCUGAUUAAAAGACGAAUCAAGGGACAGUGCUGGUAAUUGAAGUCGAGUUACUUGGUGAAUGGGGCGCUAGUUUUUCAUUGAUCGUUGAUCCUAGUACUAGUACUCUGAUGCCCACUUGUUCAGUUAUUCUUCUUUAUGUAUGUGAGGAACUGGGUAAAAGUUGUGAUUAGUUCGACCACAUCAAUCUGAAGACAGAGGAUCGGGUAAUCCAUACUCUUGAAUCACAAACAGCUGAUAAUGGGUGGCAUACUUAGUUUAUUUUCCCGCUUGUUUGGCAGUAAAGAGCGUAGGAUUCUCAUCCUAGGCUUGGAUGGAGCUGGGAAAACAACAAUUCUCUAUAGGCUGCAAGUUGGUGAAGUGGUGACAACUAUCCCUACCAUCGGAUUUAAUGUGGAAACUGUAGUUCACAAGAAUCUUAAAUUUCAAGUGUGGGAUUUAGGCGGUCAGACUAGUAUUCGACCCUAUUGGCGAUGCUAUUAUUCCAAUACCGACGCCAUAAUAUAUGUCGUUGACAGUAUGGAUAGAGAUCGAGUGGGUAUUUCUAAACAGGAGUUAUUUUCCAUGCUUGAGUGCUGUUGUGAUGUGUAUCAGUCUGAACUGAAGCCUUUUUAUGCAAGCUAGUAGAACUAUGGAACCUUGCUGUGUUUGAGCGUCUACCGACGGAUUUCAAACUGGUUAAUUAAGGUGAAGGCGACUGUGCGUUGGUUCUCGAAAGCUUUGAAUUAUUUAAAGGAUUCCACUAAUUGUAGAUAGCCUUAUGCACAAUUUUGGUGAUGAUAAUUCUGACUGAAUCGCAGAAAUCCAUUUCUCGUAUUAUCUUUUUGCACUAUUUUCUAAUUCUGAGGGAUUUUUCAUGUGGCAGCAUUUCAUUUAAAGAACAAAAUUAUAUUUUGUGGUUAAUGGUGAUUUCAUUUUUGAGUUUAGUAUUCAUCAGGGACUGAGAUCAGUUGGAGAACCAUGAAAAAUGAGAAGCCGUGACUUUUGGAACUAACCAGUUGGAAGUGAAGCGAAUGCCAACUGAAGACCUUGGGUGAUAGUCACACUAUAUGGCGAAUUGACAGAAGUAUGAAACUGAAGACCAUUGAACUCUAACCCGGUGGCUAAAUCGUUAACACGCUUGCCGUAAAACCUGAGUUUGAUCUCUGGCGGGGUCGUGGGUGUAUACUGCUGAGGAGUCUCAUACUAUGACGAACCAGCCGUCAAGUGCCUCCAGGUUUUUAAUGGUCCUCCGACUGAUGUCAAUCUGUGAUGAAUACCACCUUGAAAAGGAUAAAACUAUAAUCAAGAUUUCCCCACUCGAAUAUCCUCUCGCUUUAGGGUACACAUCCCAAAACCUUACUACAACCCUUAUUUUAGCUCCAGGUAAACUACGCAGUACUCAUUAAGUCAUAAAGCAGAGGAUAAACCGACUAGAAUUUCUUUCCAGUGCCGCAAAAGAAAUUCUCCACGCUGUUUGUUUUUCCUGUUUGAUGAUUCAAUUCUCAAGUUUUGUACUUUGAAAUCUAUAGAACUUCACUUCAUAUCUAUUGGAUAUGUCAUGGACUCAAUGUCAUUUUCAAAAUUUUCGAACUCUACUACCUGGAUAAUUUUAAAGGAGCUCGUACGAAUAGUUUAGAAGUGAAUGGGGACCAUUCGAAGGCUCUUUCUUACAACCAUAUCGCAAUUCUGGUGGUAUAUAAACUACGUUUAAAACAUGAUGUUUUAAGGUCGCAUGGACAUCUUUAUCUCAUGUCUUGUGUACUACUGAAAGCAUGCAAGCGGUUGACACUUUUUGGCUCCUCACACUGUAGAAGAUUAUUUUUUCUUAGGGUAAUUGAAAGAAAAAAGCUUUGUGUGACCACAGAGCCCAUGAGACAUCUGCUUGAGGUCUGUCGCAUACAACCUUUUGCCGAUUGUUGUUUUGAGAUUUGGUUGUCCUAAUAUCGGACAGAUCAAACCCAUACCUCCGGCAUUGGAAGACCGUGGUCAGGUAAGUGUGCUAUUUUGGGGACUGACCUUUCCUAACCCCUCUUCCCACAGAGAAGGGAGCAUCAGUUUGGCACUGAUGGUCAUCCAAGGGAAGCAUUAUCCAGCCAGCAGUUCGAUCUAACCUUCAAACCCUCAUCAUACUGUAACAAUGUACACUACAACGCUUUUCGUCUUGUCACAUCAUCCUACAGACCUUUCUGGCAUGGUAGUACCUCAAGGGUACAAGCGUUCCAGCAAGUGUAACUCGUUAUAUCAUUGUGACAUACAAGCUCAACCACCACGUCUUGGUAGCAGCUAUCAGCCGAGUUUUAUCUUAUGUACGUUUACUUCAAGCAGAGAAAAGUAGCAGAAAAACACAAUUAAGUUUCAAACAACUUUAAGAAAACCAAAUCUACUGUAAGUUUCAAUUCUUUAUUAAAAGCUAAGCACGAAAGACCAUUCGCUUAUUCGUGCCUUCAAGGUCACUUGACAGUCGCUCAAGGACGACCAGACUUUAUAAUUCUACCGCGAGUUUUUACGCUUAUAUUUCUCUUUAGUACUUCUAAUACUUCGGCAUUGCUUAUGACAAACACUGCAUUUAAUCAUCUGUAUUACAUUUACUCAUCACUUAUUUGUGCAAAGAAUAGUGUUAUUAUUUAUGUCAGGAUGGUUGUUAACAUGUUAGCGUUAGCCAAAUCAGGUUGGAUGUCUCUUACUUCUCCUCAUACAGUUUCCACAAAGAUAAUCCAUAUCAAAUAGUACGUUACGCUCUAUCGUAUGAAGUUUAGGAUUUCACCGAAAGAAAUUUGGAAAUUGUUAGUUUUUGAAGAAAGGAUACAAUUUUCGUUCCCUGCUGUUAUUGAUGAAUAUAAUGGGUACUGCACGCUUGUCACGGUUGCAACAGAGGACAAUUUUUCUUUUCGACAAAAUCAUUCUCUUGGUUGUACAUUCGUGAAUAUAUAGUGGAAAAGUUAGAGGACAUUCCUGAGUAAUUUCAGGUCGAAAGUCAAAAUAGAUUGUCUGACAAAGGAAGUUACAUAAUCUCUGUAGGCGAUUAAAAUGGAGGAACAAAAAGUAAUUACAAAAUCAAAAAUAAUUACGUCAUAUGAGAAUUAUCUAGAGUGAUCGAAACUCUAUGAUGACCAUAGCAAAGAAAGAGAUUGUACACACUUCUUUUGAAUGCAUAGUGAUCAUUUGAACCUUUGAGUUGCUAAUGUUUCACCCAUUCCCAAAUGUCUUAACCUCGCUCCCUUCGAGUGACUUGGUCAUACUAAUCAAAAGGAGCCAAAUGUCCUGAGUUUACUAGGUGUUCUUUUACAGAGCUGCAGGAUGAAUUUCCGUUCUCCCAUUGUCAGCCAAGUUGGGUAGUGUUCGCAUGCUCGUUGGAUAAGCUGGAAUAUGGUACGAUCGAUGUACUCGAUUCCAUAGGUGCGAGUAAACUAAUAUACACAAUGAUGUGACCCAAUGCUCCAGUUUAUCCUUUGCGUACUGGUAAGUGUGUCUCCGAUAGGAGAAUAUGUUUAUAAGGUUAGCGGCAAAGAAUCAUCUGUUUAUGGGUCUUUCUCUAGGUAUAUCUGCCAUAAUCUUUCUUUGCCAUGGUCAUCGUAGAGUUUUGACCACUCUAGAUAAUUCUCACAUGACGUAACUACUAUGUAUUUUGUAAUUAUUUUUUAUCCCCCCCUUUUUAAGUGCCUAUAGAGAUCAUGAACUUCUCUUUGUCACACAGUUUGUGUUGACGUUUGACCUGAAACUAUUCUGAAAUGUUCUCUAUAUUUUCUACUUCAAAUCGACGAAUGUACAGCUAAGAGAAUAACUUCGUCGAGAAGAGAAAAUUUAGCUCACUGUAAUCACCUUCUAUGUUUUCUUAUGGAUUUUUUCUGGAUAUAUUGCACUUCGAUGCAAAGUAAGGUAGCUAGGUAUUGGUCAUCAGGGAGUUAAACUUUCACUGAUCAUUGAUUUCAAUAAAACUUCUUAAUAAAACGAUUUUUUUCUGUUGGCACUGCUGAAACCUUUGUGAUUCACACUUAAGUAUAACAGUUAGAGGUAUGCAUGUUUUGCCAUGAUUUUCUUGAAAAUAAUUAUCUAGUCAAAUUCAUUUUUCUGUCUGUUACAGGAAGAAGAGCUUCGGGGAGCUGUAUUAGUAAUUCUGGCUAAUAAACAAGACAUCUCAGGGUGUAUGACUAUCAGUGAAAUAGCUCAGUCCCUUGGUCUAGCUGCGAUCAAAAAUCGACGUUACCAGUUAUUUAAAACUUCUGCACUGAAAGGGGAAGGCUUAGAGGAAGCUAUGGACUGGCUAUCAAAUACUUUAAGUGGACAGAAAUGAUAUUACUUCUGUUGAAGGUUUAUUCAUAUUAUACCAAAUUGGCUGGUUUCUCAUAUUCACCCGAAUUCUGUUCCGACAAUGCAUAUCGGGGUAAACUUGUUCUGUAAAAGUUUGAUUGACAAUAUUAAGCACAUAUAUGCUUUUUAUUCUGAAUUAUCUAUAACCUUACUCUAUCAAAUGUACAACUGAAUCUGUCUGUGAUACAUUUUCUAUUCUUUUCUACAUGUUGAUAACUGACAGACAUAAUGGGCUCUAAGUGUUUGUUAUUAAGUAAUGACUACCUACUUUCUCUUAAUUUGUCAGUGUUUUCUCUAGUGUUUGUUUGUUGUUUUUUGGCAUGUGGAUCAUCCCGUUGUAUUAUAAUUUAUUACUUAGGCUGGAGUUUGGUAUAACACAAAACAAAUGUGUACAUUGAAAGUCAUAUAUCACUAUAAUAUUUUACUUAUUUUACCCUUGAGAACUGUACUUCAGCUUUGCUUAGUCAUCAUUAAACUUCUACACGUGAUGAAUUUACUUUGAAAGAUUUUCAAAUGUCACAUAUUUAGACAAACAUUAUCAUUUUCUGCAUGAUUUCUAUGGAUAGGAAAAUGUCAAAAAGAGCCAGAAUAAAACAGUGUAUGAAGUCUUUGGUUGUCGCUCUGAACUGUGAGGAAUAUGUAGACCUCCUGGUUGGGGUUUACAUGACAGCGAAAAUCGACUGUGUUAGACUAUAGGUUAUGUGGUUAAGUGGGCCAUAUGCAAAUAGACAUUAGUUUUCCAUCUUAACCGUCAUCCCCAAAUGAGUUGUAGCUCAGAAUCAGAAUUUUGGUGUUCUCUGAGUUUAGAUAUUUCGUUGUGGACGUUUCACCAAGCCUGGUGAUGAAACAUACAUGACAAAAUAUCAAAUCUCAGAGAAUAUCACUAACCAUCAUUUCGUGAUUUAUUUUACCCCCUCGUACUCUUUUCCUCUACGGGUUUUGAUCACAUUCUCCUUCUCUAAUUGUCAAUUUUUUUUGUAUUGCUGCCUUGUAUAUCCUGAUGUGGUGAUAUUACGUGGCAACUUGUAUAGUGAAAUGGACGUGCCAGGUUCCAUGUGGCUAUUAGCCGACUAAUGAUUCAUGGGGAUUGUAGAUAUAUGGUAUUUGUGAUAGUGUUCUCGGUCAGUAAGAUUUUCAUGUUUGUUUGAAAGAUGAAAGUGCAGUGAAACUUUCAUUAUGCUAAUAAAAAGAGUUAUGAAUUUCUUGUUUAUUUAAACAGUGAGGCGUAUU